AUGCAAUGGAAAGUUGUGGCGCUAUACAACCAACCGCAUAUUAUUAUGACCGCUUCUAGCCAUUUUGCUCAAGGUGCUUUUUGUGGAGGUCACCUGUUUCAAGAUACAAUGGAAGUUGUUGACCUUGCCAAAGAGUGGGCUCAAGAUCCACAUGUCCGUGAAAGAGUCCGGACAGAAAAGGCACUCUAUGUUCACCCGGUUUCCCAAAAGUGGUGUGAACCGACAAGGGCAAACUGCAUUUCCAAUGCUUUUGUCUUGAAGCCUCUUCUUUGCCGUCUUCGGGAUGCACCAGAGUGGAAACUUCCCUACCUGGAGCCUCUGCAAGUGGAGAUUUCCAGGUUGUUUGAGGAUUGCAAUGUCCCUGUCGAUGUCAAGAUGGUCUACAGGGCAUCCAUGGAAUGCAAGAAACUGCUUGGCUUUGUGAAGCGCAGGGCAGUUCGGAAGGAGCCUACUAAGGAUAUCCGUUUUCAUGAACUUCUUCUCAUCUUGGACCCUACGUUGAAGGAUACCAUCGACGCCUACAUGGCUGGUGCACACUUGGCCAGGGCCCUCUCGAUUCCACCAGAUGCUGUGGAUGAUUCUUGCGAGGGUGAAGACCAGCAGACCCAGCUGGACUUUGAAGAGUUCCAAAGGUGGAUCAAUGACCUUGACAAACCGUCCCAUCCCGUUGAGCCCAAACCCAAGAAAACCUUUGAACCUGCUCCUGAUUCUUGCCCGGUCUGUUUGAAGCCCAAGCUUUUGUGCACCUGCAGCACAAUGAUUGCAGAGCUCCGUGCCAAGAUCGCAGCCCGCAAGGCUGCACUGGCCAACUCCCAUGUGCCCAGUGAUUCGAAGACACCGACUGUGCUCUCUGGUGGGAAUGGCAGCUUGAUGGACAAUGUGGAAACAUUGCCCAUGGAUCUUGACCUGAACGCUGCAGUUGAGCUUCCAAAGGUCGAGGAUCCAGAUUCCCAACCUCAGGACGGUCAGGGCUUCGUGGAAGCGCGCACGCUUGAGUAUGUCUGCAACCCCGAGGAGGUGCUGACCCGCAGAGAUCAGCUUGACAUGAAGGAUGCCAUGAAGGCAGCAGAAGGUGAAGGCGAGGCAGGGGCACCUGCAGUUCAGAAACGCAAGAGGGGCCAACCAAAGACAAAAGCCUCGCCAAAGAAGAAGACCUCUCCGAAGAGGAAGGCUACCCCGAAGAAGAAGGCUACUCCAAAGAAGGGGUCCAAGGGUCGUGCCAGAACCAAAAAGCAGCCGACGCCGCCUCCAAAUACUCCACCCCCACGUGAGAGGGAUGAGGUGGAUGACAUGCCCGCUCCCAAGCGUCGGCUGAGGAGAAUGAGGGUGAAGAACAGCAGGCUGAUGGUGUUCCUACUGCUGCUGGGGGCUCUGCACGUCAGGCUCAGCAGGUGA